AUGACAGGACAGAAUCAAACCAUCAUCUCACAGUUCCUCCUCUUGGGCCUGCCCAUCCCUCCAGAGCACCAACUCCUGUUCUAUGUUCUAUUCCUGACCAUGUACCUCACCACCAUGCUGGGGAACUUCCUCAUCAUCGUCCUCAUUCAUCUGGACUCCCGUCUCCACAUGCCCAUGUAUUCUCUCCUCAGCAACUUGUCCUUCUCUGACCUUUGCUUUUCCUCUGUCACGAUGCCCAAACUUCUGCAGAACAUGCAGAGCCAAGUACCAUCCAUCUCCUAUGCAGGAUGCUUGAUGCAAAUGUACUUCUUCCUGUUCUUUGCAGACCUUGAGAGCUUCCUGCUUGUGGCUAUGGCCUAUGACCGCUAUGUGGCCAUCUGCUUCCCCCUACAUUACACCAGCAUCAUGAGCCCCAAGCGCUGUGUGUGUCUGGUGGUGAUAUCUUGGCUGUUAACCACAUUUCAUGCCAUGUUGCACACUCUGCUCAUGGCCAGAUUGUCUUUCUGUGCAGACAAUGUGAUUCCCCACUUUUUCUGUGACAUGUCUGCCCUGCUCAAGCUGUCCUGCUCUGAUACUCACAUUAACAAAUUGGUGAUAUUUGUCAUGGGAGGCAUUAUUCUUGUCAUUCCAUUUGUUCUCAUUAUUGUGUCCUAUGCUCAGAUUGUCUCCUCCAUUCUCAAGGUUCCUUCUGCUCAUGGCAUCCAUAAAGCCUUCUCUACUUGUGGUUCCCACCUGUCUGUGGUGUCACUGUUCUAUGGGACAGUUAUUGGUCUCUACUUAUGCCCAUCAGCUACUAAUUCUACAAUGAAGGAGACUGUUAUGUCUAUGAUGUACACAGUGGUGACUCCCAUGCUGAACCCCUUCAUCUAUAGCCUGAGGAACAGAGACAUGAAGGCAGCCCUGGCAAGAGUCUUUUGCAAGAAGAAAAUUAUCUUCUAUUAUGGUAACAAUCAGGAUUAA